CGCAUGCCCAGUACGCAGCGGCUGCACCUUGGGCGGCCGCGCAGGGUCGCGCAGUGCCGGCCGCUCAGCCACCGUCCGGCAUGAAGGGCAGGGAUCUCGCAGCUGCCUCCUCUUCGCUGCAGCUCCAUGGAAUGCCUGCGGGGCCUGGCCCAGCUCCUGCCCCAUGCGGUGGGGCUGCCCCGACGCAGCCUGUGCGCUCUGGCCUUGGGCCUGACUCCUGGGGUGUCCCAGGUUGCCUCCUGCGGUCGCGCCGCCCAGCUGUUCGGAAGGAGGCGGGCCGCUCCGCUCUGCGGGCCCCGGCGGCUCCGCGUGGCAGGUGAAACUCACCGGUUUAGAACUUCUGAUGUCUCUCAAGCCACCUUAGCCAGUGUAGCCCCAGUGUUUACUGUGACAAAAUUUGACAAAGAGGGAAAGGUUACUUCUUUUGAAAGGAAGAAAACUGAUUUAUAUCAAGAAUUAGGUCUUCAAGCCAGAGAUUUGAGGUUUCAGCAUUUAAUGAGCAUCACAACCAGAAACAAUAGGAUUAUCAUGAGAAUGGAGUAUUUGAAAGCUGUGAUAACUCCAGAGUGUCUUCUGAUAUUAGAUUAUCGUAAUUUAAAUUUAGAGCAGUGGCUAUUCCGGGAACUCCCUUCACAGUUGGCUGGAGAGGGUCAACUUGUCACAUACCCUUUACCUUUUGAGUUUAGAGCUAUAGAAGCACUCCUGCAGUAUCGGAUCAACACCCUUCAGGGGAAACUUAGCACUUUGCAACCACUGAUCCUUGAGACAUUGGAAGCUUUAGUGGAUCCCAAACAUUCUUCUGUCGACAGAAGCAAACUGCACAUCUUACUACAAAAUGGCAAAAGCCUGUCAGAGUUAGAAACAGAUAUUAAAAUUUUCAAAGAGUCCAUUUUGGAGAUCUUGGAUGAAGCAGAGAUGCUGGAGGAGCUCUGUCUGACAAAGUGGAGUGACCCGCAAGUCUUUGAAAAGAGCAGUGCUGGGAUUGACCAUGCAGAAGAGAUGGAGUUGCUGUUGGAAAACUACUACCGAUUGGCUGAGGAUCUUUCCAAUGCAGCUCGGGAACUUAGGGUGCUGAUUGAUGAUUCACAGAGUAUCAUAUUCAUCAAUCUGGACAGCCACCGAAAUGUGAUGAUGAGGCUGAACCUACAGUUGACCAUGGGAACCUUUUCUCUCUCACUCUUUGGACUCAUGGGAGUUGCUUUUGGAAUGAAUUUGGAAUCUUCCCUUGAGGAGGACCAUAGAGUGUUUUGGCUGAUCACAGGAAUUAUGUUUAUGGGAAGUGGCCUGAUCUGGAGGCGUUUGCUGUCAUUCUUGGGGCGGCAGCUGGAAACGCCUUUGCCCCCUGUGAUGGCCUCUUUACCUAAGAAGACCCUGCAGGCAGAUAGAAGGCUGGAAAUGAAACACAGCUUCAAGCCAGAUGGACUUGGAUCAAGCAGGAGUGUCCUAACAAACCGUUAGGAGCAGCCCGGUGGAAACUGGAUUAUUUUUUAUGGUAGUCACAGGAAACUUCUGAUACUUCAUUAUUUUCUUUUAUAGAGUCAAAGAGACUUGGGGGAAAAUCACUGACAUUUAAAUUACAAUGCCUGAUGAUAAAAAUGUUAGAGUAGUCACAAUACUCUAAUUUAACUGUAUUUUUAGAAUUCUGAGUAAAAAAGCAAAGUGCUUGUUUUGUAAAAAGGCCAAAAUUCUAUUUCUUACAAACUUAAAAAGCUGCUUUUAUAGACAUACGAGGUAUGCAGAGAUUAACUUAACACAGGAAUAGAUUGUGGUAUUGAUUUUAUUUAACUUAUAUGUAUCAACCAAAGUGCAACCUCGUGCCGAGCAAAGCCUGGAAACUUGACAAGCCCACGGUUACACAGUCAGGCAGCUGUAGUUCUUAGCACAGGGACUCACGGUCUUGUGAAUUUCCUGACUCUCAGGUGACUAAAGCUGGCAAGAAAAUAUGUAUGAACCUGAAACUGGGAGUUUGUGCUUAGGUCAGUUUUUGACACAACCUUAUUUGCCCUCUUAACAUGAAUAAAAAGAAGGAAAUGAAAAUUUA